AAAUCAAGCGGCUGCUUUGAUAAAAAAUGUGUGUCUGGUUUUUUUUGUGAACGAUGUCCUCUGCCGGCGUAUUUCAUUUGGAUAUGCCUGAUGCCUCAAGCUUCGAAGAAGGGGAAGAAAUUUCUGAUGAGUUUCACCAAGCGACUGCUGGUGUGGAGGAUGAUUUCUUAGAGCACGGUCCACUCAAAGCUGAGGAACUUGAAGGAAACGUUGAAACUGUCGAGAUAUGUGAAGAAACAGUUAAUCCAGGCCAACCCAAAGUUCGCUCACAUGAUUUUCAGCUCCUCAAAGUUCUCGGAAAAGGAGGUUAUGGAAAGGUUUUUCUUGCGCGCAAAAUUGACACUGGACAAACUUAUGCUAUGAAGGUGUUAAAAAAAGCAUCCAUUGUGACUAACGCUAAGGAUACUGCUCACACUAAAAGUGAACGCAAUAUUCUCGAAAUGAUCAAACAUCCGUUUUUAGUGCAGCUGCACUAUGCCUUCCAAUCGCCUGGAAAGUUGUACUUGGUUCUAGAGUUCUUAGCCGGUGGCGAGCUGUUCAUGCAGCUAGAGAAAGAAGGCGUUUUUAUGGAAGAUCAAGCCAGUUUUUACCUGGCUGAAAUCACUUUGGCGAUUGGUCAUUUGCACUCCAUGGGAAUAAUCUAUCGUGAUUUAAAACCCGAAAACGUACUUCUUGACAUUGAAGGACAUGUCAAGCUGACGGACUUUGGGCUGUCUAAGGAGCGAGUCGAUCGGGAUAAUCUCACGCAUACGUUCUGCGGAACCAUCGAGUACAUGGCCCCGGAAAUUCUCCUACGUCAGGGCCAUGGGAAGGCAGUUGACUGGUGGAGCCUGGGGACUCUCAUGUACGAUAUGUUAUCCGGAGCCCCUCCGUUUACCGGUGAAGAUCGGAAGCAGACCAUCGACCUCAUCCUUCGCGGCGAAUAUGUAUUGGUGCCUUAUCUGAGCCGAGAAGCAUCUUCUAUGUUAUCAAAGCUACUGGUGGUUGAUGCUAAUCGACGGCUUGGAUCUGGGCCAGCGGACGCCGAGGCAAUCAAAUCACACGCGUUUUUCCGAUCCACCAACUGGGAAAAAGUUUUCCGACGACAGGUUGAACCGCCAUUUCGUCCAACCCUUACUUCCGAUACCGACGUAUCUCUGUUUGAUCCCAAGUUCACUCAGGAGAAUCCUGUCGAGAGUCCAGAUGAAGGUCUACCCAUUUCUGCCAACGUCAACGAUGUUUUCGAAGGCUUCACUUAUGUUGAUCCUCAGGUUCAAAUUGAUAUGGCUCGCGAUCCUUGGGUAUCCCAGUGGUCAUGUUCCCGCUCCCGGAGGCGUUCCGGUGUUUCCGGUAGCAGCUCGCCUGGCUUCGUGGGUCACACAAUCAUGGCCUCCACCGGUGGCCUCAUUCCCGGUGGAAGUAGUCAUGGUAUUCCUCAUGCUGGUACACCGCAUCCAGAACAGCUACCACCAUCGACCGCAAUAGAAACCGCAACCGCACAACCCAAUUCCCGGCCAUUUGUUUUUGCCGAAGACUUCGAAGAUAUGGAUGUGAGCAGCACAGCUGGGUCAAAUACAGAUCGCUCUUUUGAAACAGCCAUGUCACGACCUGCCACCACAUUAACGCCUGCUAUGGAUGCACUUGCAACAGCCCAAUUUGACAGCUCGUGUGCUGUUCCACGGUCUGAGCAGGUCACGGUUGCAGGCUCAAGACCUUUCCAUUUAAACGGUUUGCCCUACUUGGGUCACGAAAGCUUCCAUCCGCCACACUUUGUUCGAUACGGUGCUGCCCAAGCCUCGGCGUUGGCGGCCGCUGCUCUAGCCACUUCUUCCCGCUUGGCCAAUUCUAAUCAUCCUGCAACGAAUGCCAGUGGUGGUUUACUGCCUAUUCGCAAUCGGUUUUUUGGCCCUCCUACCAAUCGCGAGUCUGCACUAAAGGCAACUCUCCCCACCACAUGUACCGCUGCUGCCAUACAGUCCCAGGAACAUCGACAUUAACUCUUUGGGUUGGCCUUCUGACAACAGUGUUAUGUCCCUUCUCUGGCUGUUAUCCUUUACUUCGUCCGCAGUCUCCGAACGUACUUUCUUCCCUGCACUUCUUGCCCGAGUCCAAGCCCUUGUUUAUUUCAUUGUGGAUUGCUGCGAACUCGAGUAUUAAGCUUCCCCUGAGUAUUGUUGCCACUCAUGGAGACAUUUUCCUUCUGUUUACCUCUAUCAGCCACUCUCUGUUUCAGUUGCCCUUGUCAUCCCAAACGCUUGCCCCUGGUGACGUCUUUCAUACCCACUUCCGUUACAGAUGAUGAAUUCCCAUGUUUUGUACCACCACUGUAUCAUGCGCGCUUCUGGACUUUCUACAGAACCGAUGAACAACUCCCUUAUUUUGUUAAGUCGAGAAAAUAACUCCAUCUCGUUUAUUUGACACAUGGUUUACAAUCGACUCUUUAUUCUCGCAGUCGGUUACCUCUGCGCAUCACUCCGUUGCUGACUGCAGUAGAUCUGGCAUUCUCUCCACUGAUUCUUUUAACCGACGCCGAUUUGCGAGCGGUUCCAUCAUUUACCCCAACGCAUCUUCCGGUGGACCUAGCAAUGCAAGUUCGCGCCAACACCUUUUGCUCUUCUGGCAUCUAUCCUUCAUUGCCAUAGUGGAAUAUCCACUCCUGGUUUCAUUGGUGAACCUUCAGGUUUGACAUACGUCGUCUACUCUUGUUAACCUUGUACUCAGUGGCAAAGGUCUGCCUGCCUUGCCCUCGCCUCGUUUAAAGAAAAAGAUAAGCCUUUUCUCAUUUUGGAAUAUCUUUUCAUUGGGUCAAUGCUUGAUUCAUAUUAUCAAUCAGGUUUGGCUGAUACUGCUACGCUUGUGCCUAUUAUUGCGCCUCCCCCUCCUCAUCUGUCCUCGACAACUUUUAUAGCCUGACACUACAUUCUCUGCUAUAUUGUGCUUGCUCUCUUCUGAUUGUCCGUUCGGCUUCGGAAUCAAUUCUUUUUCCUCACUCUUUCUUCUAUAAUCACUCCAGAUGGCUCUCUCCAUGCACUGCUGUUCGAUCCCUCCAUGUGAUUUACCUUACCCUUUUGAUUUGCUGGCCUGGCACCUAUUCACUCACUCCAACUGUCGCCGUUUGUAAUUUUCCCUGUUUGUGUGUGUGUGUGUGAGUGUGUACACUGCUUAUUCAAGCACUUUUCUCUAGCUUUUUUCAUUUUUGCUAUAAUUUACGCGCUACGGUGCUUCCACUUACUAUCCUAAAGUUAUUUUGUUUACCAGGUGUCGCCAAACUUUGUCUCGAUUUCACACCAAGUCAAUUUCUCCCCUUUUUGUACCUCACGUGUGUCAAAGUCUACACAACACUUUUUGUCAGACUUAUUGUACUUGACUUUGCCUCAUCCUAUUCACUUCUUCGAAAUGAUCGAUCCCACGCCCUCUAUACUACAUACAAUUUUGUGAACUGAAUUCCUACCAAUUGGAGCAAUGCUUGUACACCUUCACAAUGUUUGCAUGGGUGCUGGUUCUGAAUACAGCUUCUUCCGAUAUCGG